AUGGACCUAAGCCUGCCAGAACAAGGUGACCAGACGUUAUCGCCAGCAAAGGAGCAAGAAGUCCCAGUGAUUGGGAAGGAGGUGGAGAAGGAGGUGGUCUCUGUGGCUCCGGAGGAGGCGGAUGUUGUGUCGGUGGCUCCAAAGCAGGACGUGGAGGUCUCGAUAACAUCCUCCCUCGAAAAUCUCAUCGUCACCGGGGGCAACGGCGCUCCGUCCCUCACACAAACGCGUCCCGAAGAAGCGCUCGGCGUGCAGACGGCCGCGGCCUCCGCCGUGGUGCUUCCUGACCCCGCGUGUGACCCCGGGAGCCGCGUGGAGGAGGACUCAGAUGGUUCCGACAGGUCAGAGCACGGCCUGCUUUUGUCGUCAUUUCAGUUGGACGCCGGACUUGUCUUUGAUUUGCUGCAUUUCCCCAUCCUCAGUGACAGUUCCUCCUCCUCUUCCUCCUCCUCGUCAUCUUCCUCGUCGCUCUCUGUUCGCGUGCUGGAGGACGAUUUCGACGACGAGGGGAUCAGCCUCCCCGCCCCAGUCCGAACUAGAAAUGAAGUCCUGCUUGAGGAGCUUCCGGCUGUGGAGGAGGUGUGCGUGACUCUGCCGGAGGAAGCGGAGCUGCGGCCGGUGGGAACAGUGUCCCGCGUCAUCCAGCAGCUCGUGGUAAUCCAGUCCUUAAAAGACACGCCGACGCUGAACGAUGAGAGCAUCAUCUUUAGGUCGGACCGGUUGGCCGUGGGAAAGGUCUUCGAGGUGUUCGGCCCCGUCACCAGCCCCCUGUACAUCCUGCGCUUUAACUCCGAGGAUCAGAUCAGCAGUAAGGGGCUGACGGAGGGACUGACCCUUUACUACGCGCCGGCCAUCAAAGAGUACACGGGAUACAUUCUGACCCAGCAGCUGAAACUUUUAAAGGGUUCCGAUGCAUCGUGGAAGAACGACCAAGAACCACCAGAGGAGGCUUUAGAUUUCAGUGAUGAUGAGAAAGAGCAGGAGGCAAAAAAGAAACAAAAGAAUGCCAGGAGGAGGAAGGACAACGGCAAUAAAGAUAAUUCCAGCCACGUGGCUCAGUAUGCCGUGAAGCAGCCGAGACACAACGUGCCAGAUUUCUCCUCCAGACGCGGGGGGCCUCGGACCGGCCACCCCAAUCCCAGAAACACACACCGACCGUACACGCCCACGUACACAGACUCCACGCCCAUGUACCUACCGCCCCCCCGCCCCGUACCCCCCCCCCCAGCAUUUCCCCCCGCCCAACUUUUCUCUCUACUCCGCCCCUCCGCCUCCUCACACUCCUCCGUCGUACUUCAACCCGGCGUUUUCCUCUCCUUUCUGGCCGCCAAACUCUGUCCCUUUCCCUGGCUUCCCUCAUCAUCACGCCAUGCCCCCUCCCCCUCCUCCCCCGCCUCCUCCUCCUCCUCAGUGAUGCACUGCAGGCACACAAAU